CACAGUGUACGCAAUUAUUCUCGAACGCAAUGUUCUGCGACUACGCCUGGGAGCCCGUGUGCCCUGAGUCGCUGAGUCGGUUAUCGGUGAACACGCCACGCACAUCGACAACGCCUGAGAGUACGUUUACUCUGAGUCGCUUCACCACACGAAGUCUAUAUCUUACUGACUCGGAUCGAUGCGCGAAGACUGAUCUCGACAAAGCUCGGAUUUCGACUGAAAGCUCGUCCCAUGGACGAGGUUCCUUUUAUACCCGUCAAUCCUUCUUUCCCCAAUUUUCAUUGGUCGGAUCCGAAUCAAACAGUCUGCCGACCCCGGUCGCGACGGAUGUUACCGUUUUUCGCGAUUCCGCUGUAUCAAAGCGUCGCGCCGCCAAGACCGCGCCGUCGACAUCGAUGUCGCCGCUAGACGACUCUACUCGUAUCAAUCAUGCCGCCGCGCGACUGAAGCCGCCGCGACUCUACUGACGGUCC